CUUCACUUGCCGCCUUGUGCCGGGACGAGGAGCGCCGCGGGCAGCACGGGCCGUGGAGGGGGCGCUGCGCUCGGGCUACCCAAUGCGUGGACUAGCUGCAGCCGCCGCUCGUGCAAUAUGCUGGAGCUCCAGAACAUCUAAACGGAGUCGCCACACCGCUGCCUGGGCUGGAUCACCGCGCUGCCUUUCCUUAUGAAGAAGACACAAGUCACAGAGCUAAUGCGAGGUAGAGCUGCUUUAUGAACCAGGCGGUCUGGAACCAGAGUCUGCAUUCCUAAACUCUGUGCUACACCUGGAACUGGAGGGACAGAACAUGAGUCCUUUCCAUGAAUUGACUUGGAUUAUCACUUGCAUUUAUCUUCAACUACUCCUAUUUAAUCCUCUGGUCAAAACUAAAGGGAUCUGCAGGAACCGUGUAACUGAUGAUGUGAAAGACGUUACAAAAUUGGUGGCAAAUCUUCCAAAAGACUAUAAGAUAGCCCUCAAAUAUGUCCCCGGGAUGGAUGUUUUGCCUAGUCAUUGUUGGAUAAGCGUGAUGGUGGAACAGUUGUCAGUCAGCUUAACUGAUCUUCUGGACAAGUUUUCAAAUAUUUCUGAAGGCUUGAGUAAUUACUCUAUCAUAGACAAACUUGUGAAAAUAGUGGAUGACCUUGUGGAGUGCAUGGAAGAACACUUAUUUGAGAAUGUAAAAAAAACACCUAGGAGCCCAGAACUCAGGCAUUUUACCCCUGAAGAAUUCUUCAGAAUUUUUAAUAGAUCCAUUGAUGCCCUCAAGGACUUGGAGACCGUGGCAUCUAAAACUAGUGAAUGUGUGGUUUCUUCAACAUUAAGUCCUGAAAAAGAUUCCAGAGUCAGUGUCACAAAACCAUUUAUGUUACCCCCUGUUGCAGCCAGCUCCCUUAGGAAUGACAGCAGUAGCAGUAAUAGGAAGGCCUCAAACCCCAUUGGAGACUCCAACUUACAAUGGGCCGCUAUGGCAUUGCCAGCAUUCUUCUCUCUUGUAAUCGGGUUUGCUUUUGGAGCCUUAUACUGGAAGAAGAGACAACCAAAUCUCACAAGGACAGUUGAAAAUAUACAGAUUAAUGAAGAGGAUAAUGAAAUAAGAAAAACUGCCUUAUACAAUGUCCAGAUGACGGUGUACUUCAGAAUCUCUGUCCAAAAGCAAAUAAGUGUUUUUCUUGUUGCUUUUCAGUAUGUUGCAAGAAAAAGAGAGAGAGUUUCAAGAGGUGUAAUUGUGGCUUAUAUCAACACUGUUACUUUCGUAUCUUGGCGGGUAACAGUUCAUGUUUGCUUCAUAAAUGAAGCAGCUUUAAACAAAUUCAUUAUCUGUCUGGAGUGACAGACUGCAUUUUUAUCUGUUCUUGUUACCCAUGACUCUAUAUGGAUGAUUCACAAAUUGGAACAAAGUGUUUUACUGUGAAACUGGCACUGAAUUAAUCAUCUAUAAAGAAGAACUUGCAUGGAGCAGGACUCUAUUUUAAGGACCUGGGGGACUUGUGGUCUCAUUUAGAACUUGCAACUGAUGUUGGGAGAGAAAGCACGUGUCCCAGACUGCAUGCACCAUUUUGCAUGCCUCCAGAAAUGUCUAAUUGCUGAAAAGCCACAUAGCUUUAUUUUCAGUUACAACCUGCAGUUCAUAGUUAUCUUGGUCUCUGCAAGUAGAUUUCAUCCUGAACAGUGGGGGGUAAUAAUUUUUCUCAAAGGGAUCUAGAAAAAAAUUUAAAAACAAAAACUCAAUAGCAUCAGCAACUCUACAUAUAGAAAGCAGUGGAAACAAAAUAAUUGGAUUAGGGCAACAUGUCAGCCUUGUAGAUGCUAAUUAAUGGUCUGGGUCUGAUCUCGGUCUCUUCUUAACAUAAACCUAUAUCCCACUAGACAAAUGGACAUGGUUAGCUGGAUCUAAUCAUGCCUGGGAGCCAGUAUUGAGUUAGAACAAUGAUGUCAUCAACAAAAUAAAAAACAACCUACUGAAUGGGAGAAAAUGAUUUCAAAUCAUAUAUCUGAUAAGGGGCUAAUAUCUAAAAUCUACAAAGAACUCAUACAACUCAAUAGAAAAAAAAAUCUAUUUAAAAAUGGGCAGAAGAUCUGAAUAGACAUUUUUCCAAAGAAGACCUACAGAUGAGAAGAUGCUCAACAUCAAUCACCAGAGCAAUGCAAAUCAAAACCACAAUGAGAUAUCACCUCACACUGUCAGAAUGGCUAAAAUCAAAAAGACAAGAAAUAACAAGUAUUGGUGAGGAUGUGGAGAAAAGGGAACCCUUGUGCACUGUUGGUGGGAGUGUAUAUUGGUGUAGUCACUAUGGAAAAUUUUGAGUUCUCAAAAAAGUUAAAAUAGAACUGCCAUAUUGUCCAGGAAUUCUACUUCUGAGUAUUUAUCCAAGGAAAAUGAAAACACUAAUUCUAAAAGAAGUAUAAACCCCUAUGUUCUUUGCAUUAUUUAUAGUAACCAAGAUAUGGAAACAAUGUAAGUGUCCAUCAAUGGAUGAAUGGAUAAAGAAGAUGUGGUAUAUAUGAGUAUACACACACACAAUGGAUUAUCAUUCAGCUCUGAAAAUGAAAUCUUGCCAUUUGUGACAAUAUGGAUGGAUCUUGAGGGCAUUAUCCUGAGUGAAAUAAGUCAGAACAACAAAUACCAUAUGAUGUCUCUUAUAUGUGGAAUCUAAAAAAAAAUAAAAGUAAAAAAAUUAAAAAUACCAAGCUCAUAGAUACAAAGGAAAGAUUGGUGGUUGCAAAGGACGGGGUGGGGGAAUAAAUGGAUGAACUAGGUUUUUUUGUUUUUUAGUUUAAGUUGAAUAAAAAGGUAAAAAAAGAUAAUAAGCCCCCCCCCAAAAAAAACCCCAAAAUAUUGAUGCCUUUGCAGAGAGGAGACUUUCCAAAAGACUUAUGGCCCAAAGCUAUGAACACUGAACAGCAAGAUAGUCACUGAGGAGCACAUUCGACACCCUUUUCCCCUGCCACUGUAAGAGUGUAUAAAUUGUGCUUCCAAAAUAUAUUAUGAAAUGGUUAUAUUCUAAAACUACUACAGAGUUAUGUAAAGGGACUUAAGAGAAAUUGCUGAAUAUAUGUCGGUCCCAUUUUCAAUUUACAUCAUGAGAGAAAGUAAAAAUAAAUGAUAUUUAGUAUCUAAAAUUAGAAAACCACACCCACAUGGUAAUAUGGGUAUUGAAAACUAGGUUACUUGGCUUUUAUAAGGCAGCAAGGAAUCAGGAAAUUUUAGUUAUUUCUCGUAUAAUCACCAUUAUCACCAUUAGUUUAAAGGAUCCAUUUAUUUAAAAUCAGGCACUGUAUAUUCAUUAAUGUUUAUGAAUUAAAGAUAGCGAGCUUUAUGUAGUUAUGCAUGUCAGUUUGCUAUUUAAAAUGUGUAACUGCGUUUGUCCUAUUAAAAGUGAAUUUGGUAAGAAUUCCCAAGAUGGACAUCAUGCUUUUAAACUAAAACUUGUUAAGACAUUAUGUGAAUUUCCAUUACCAAUUUUUUUUAUAGGCAAAGAAACAUCUGACUAAAAUGAUUUCUUGUGGUUUAUUUUGAUGAAGAUUCUUUUACUAUAUCAUGAACACAUACAUAAAGGAACCCAAAGCUUUCUAUUAUAACUUAAUUCUUGUUAUAACAUUAUUGUCAUGCUCUACCCCCUCAGAUGACCAUUUUCAGUGUCGUGAUUUAAAAAAAAGGGAGGGCAUGAAAAACUGUGAGCUUUCCUUUGAUUUCAAAAGUCCAAGAAUAUCUAGCAUAGUUGGAUUUUAGAUUAUGUUCAAAGCAGAUCCAAAUAAAACUCGAGUGAAGUGGCCUUUGCUCUUUUUUUGUACCAAAGAGCCCAGAUGAUUUCUAUGAUCCUUCUUUCUCUAAAGUGCUGGGGUUCCUUAAAAGGUAGUCAUUUCUCUAAGAUACAACCCAGGUGCUUUGGGAAGCUGCAUUGACUUAUUCAGGCCCUUAAAUAUCCCCUGAUAGAAUCGACCAGUAAUAAAAUCAGAGGUCAGUUUAAUUGCUGAAAGGACCUGUCUUAGUGUGUGACAUUGUUUUGAGGAAAAUAGAUAUAAAUUAAUAUGAGUUAUGUGUGCAGGUCAGGUGUAGAUUGAGAAGAUUGAUACUUCUCAAUUUAAUAAUUUGAUUUAUUUCACCAAUGGUUUCGAUUCUCUUAGGCAUGAGAAAAUGCUGUUUAAUGAACUUGAGAGAACAAUAAAUGCACUUUUGUUCUCAAAGCUAGGAGCUGGGUUUUAACACUCAAGGACAUGGUUCUAAUCAAUAGAGUUAAAGAAACGAAUUCAGCAAGUUAUGAAAUAUGGCAUGAUAGGCGAGGGGCAAUAUAUUCUGCCUAAUUAAAUGUAUUCGUUCAUUGAGAGUUAUGUGAAUUACCAAUUUUUAAAACACUGAAGUUUGAUAAAAUGCAUGAACAGUAGAAAAAGGCUGAACAUUAUUUUGGAUGCUAGGUGCUUGGGAAUUGUCAUAUCUGCUUUGAGAUAAAUAGAUAUAUAUAGAUAUAUAUAUCUUUGCUUUAUUUUAUCCAAUAUGUGUCCUAAAUAUCCUUCAGAAAUCAUGGAAAACUCACAAAUGAUACUAUAAACCAUGAAAUCACCUUUUAAAUUGGUGCCAUGUAUCUGAUAGUUAUCUUCUGUAACAUUCCAAAAUUACCUUUUAAAAUGAUCUCAGAAGUCUGCAGAUUCUAAAUUAUACUAAAAGCUUUGCACCUCUUUGGUAGAACACAAGCCUAUAGAGAAACUGGCUCUGUGAUAAAUGGUGCCUGCUCAGUGAUACUGAAGUGUUGCUGGAUUUUGUGUUCUAAUCUUAUGUGCUUACCACACUGCCACUUUUUAAUGAGUCAGAGACAAAUUGAUUUUUUUCAAUAUGAUAAGAAUAAGUACCCUGUUCUCUUUAAAAAGGAUUAAGUAUGUGAAGAAUGAAAAUGUAUGAGAAAGUAUGUGUUUAUAAUGCAAUGUUUGCUUUUAGUAAGAAUUAAACACAUUUAAUUGAGUAUUAAAGUACUUUGGGGAAACUCUGUGGCAUAUUUUGGUAUUCUAAUUCAACUGAGGUUUGAAAGUAACAGAAAAAUCCAUUCAGAAUUCAUUGAUAUCUCUUAAUGUUUUUGUGCAGCUAGGUUUUGGUUUCAAAAUGUAAUUCCAACAGGAGGCAUUUAACCAUUCCCAUUCCCACCUAUUCUUUAAGAAAUAUUUUUCAAAAAGACAGUUUGGCAUAGCAAGGUGGAUGUGGGGGGAAAAUUGUCAGAAGCCUCCACUCUGCUGUUAACUAAUAUUGGUAAGUCACUUCCUCUCUUUGGAUCUCAAUUUUUUAUUCACCUUUAUGGUGAAGUUGGAGGUCACAUCUCCUUAGGUGUGAAACCUAUUGAUAUAUGACUGACAAACACAAUAAAAUAGAUCUGAAAUUACUCCAUAUAAAAUAUUGAACUCUGAUCUCUGUGAAUAAGCAAUUUGAACAUAAAAAGUCAUUGCUGUUCUUGUUUGUAAUGUAAAUAGGAUCCGUUAGUAAAAGUGAAAUUAAAUCUCAUGUAGGGUGAAUUGGAUAACCAUUUACACAAGAGAUGGCUUUUUCCUUUGCUUAAGUAAACAUUUUUGGAUCGCCUCUGAAGAAUGAAAACCGCAAGUACAUUUUAGAAAGAGAUACUAUAAGAUAUGUGUAACUUUUGGAAAUGCACCAAAUUAAGCUUAUUUAAAUGCUUUCAUUUUAUUAAAAGCUUAGAGCAUAAAACGUAAGAUGCUCAAAGUUUUUGAGUGCCAAAAGAUAAUUUAUAAUCCAUUUGGAAAGGGGUCAUCCAUAAAUUACAUAUUAAAAUUAGAAAGUGGGAUAAGAAUUUUAAUUAAGCCAGCUUGUCUUUGAAACAGUAUUAUUUUGUGAAAUUGGCAUUAAAAUAUAAACAUUCAAAUUGAAAUUCUAGUAAUUUAUGGUGUUUGAUCACACAGUUUAUAGUGUUGCUGCUUUCCAUUAACAAGUCUGGAAAUGCCUUUGUUACAGAAAAAAUAAUGGUACUUUAAUUUCCUAAAAGAUGUUUUAGAAGUAAUUUAUAUUAAAGUAGAUAUUCAUAAUCCUAAAAUGUUUCCUAAGCACUGUAAAUUUAUAACUGCCAUCUCCAACUACAUCCUUAUGAUGUUAUUUUUAAAAAUAAAAUUAAGAUAAUUGUUUAACCUAAAAACCAUAGUAUUUUCAAUUACUUGAUUUCUCAGUUAUAAGACUCAAGAAUUUUCAGUAAGAAUAUCCUAUUCUAUAUUCUAAGGAUUAAUGUGUGAUUAUAGUGUCCACUUGUCACUAUUUUUUAAAUUGAUGGACUUGAAAAGUAUUCAGACAUUUAGAUGGAUGCAUAGAUAUAUUGCUAGUUCAGUCAUAGAUUGGAGUUUGCAUAUUGUAAUGUAAAUGUAUGUCAACAUUAUUCUAGUUUAUUAUGACUGAAGUGUAAUUAAAUAAAAAAGGUUGUAAAAUGUGAUGUGUAUGUGUAUAUACUAUAUGUGUACUUUUUAAACUAGGUAUAUGUCCUGACCCCUUUUUAUACAGGUUGAAUUUGAAAUUACAUUAUAUAUACAUAUACUUUAUUGUUCUAAAUAAAGAAUUUUAUGCACUCUCAGAA